GCAACUUCCUGACACACGAACGUGGGAGUGAAUGUCCCGUCUUCAUUCUGAACGCCGUUUGUCACUGAGCUGAUGCCUGCUCCGGUCGACAUGGACGUCCUGCACAUUAUCCUGACAGCGACCAGUCUCCUCUGUGUGUUUUCUUAUGAAAUCACUGUGAACAGCUUUGACCUGCUACCGUGUAAAGAGGACGACAAAGUGUGUGUUACUGGGUCUGGAGACUGUGUCCAGCCUCCGCCCCCUUUGGCUCAGAAAAACUUCAACAUGUCCUGUUACUUCAAAGUGUCUCUAGAGUCAGUGACGUGUGAGUGGAGUGAGAAGCAGUUCAGCCACACGGCCGCUAGCGUCUCUCUCAUCUUCAACCGGCAAAGGUUGCACACGGGUCCAAGUUCAUGCACAAUGACGCAAAGCCUAAACUUAACCUUUGGCUACUUCCUAUCUUUCUGUACAAAUCUUUUCAGCUUCCGACCAGUGAAGCACUGUCCAGCCCUCUUCGUCCCUGCAGAGCGGCUGAUGAUCACAGCCAGAGUCCGAAGCUCCUCAGUGGAGCUCUGGUCUCAGCCUCAUUAUGUGUUUGUCUAUAAAGCAGUGAAGCCCGCUGCCCCUGAACUCACGGUCAUCGGCUCCACUGAAGACUCUGUGUCCGUGGGCUGGAGCAGCAGUGGUGACACCCGCUGUCAGCUGCGCUACAGAGCCCACAGCUCUGAGACGUGGUCUCAGUCUCCAGAUUUUGUCUUUACGCCUCAGAAUCAGAAGCACAUCUACUCUAUCAACGGUCUCCAGCCCUUUACUUUCUACACAGCUACUGUGUCCUGCAGUCGAACCGUUGGCAUCUGGAGCAACUGGAGCGCUGGAGUUUCAGUGAGAACGCUGGACCGAGCUCCGUCUAAGUAUCCUCAGCCGUGCUACCGUCUGGACAAAACAGACUCCGGUGGACGUCUGCAUAUCAUGUGGAAGGCUCUCGACCCCCAUGAUGCCGGAGGUCAUAUCCUUGGAUACCAGGUGAGCUACAGAAGAGUGAUGGGGCAGCAGCUACAGGAUAGAUCUGUAGUAAACGUCACAGAUGAAAUAUGUGUGCUCACGGUGGACGAGGGAACCUGGAGAGUCUCAGUGGCAGCAUUCAACACGGCCGGCGUUGGACCAUCUGUCAAUCUGAGCGUCGACACACGAAGACACAGACCUCUCUCCUCAGUCAGAAACAUGUGGGUUUCCUGCUCUGUCCCAGUUGGUACUGGCCUCUGGGUCCAGUGGGAGAUCCCUGCCCAGCCUGUCACUCACUUUGACGUCUGGUGGCGCCUGGAGACAAACGUGUCCAGCAGCUGCUGGUCCACAGUGAACAGCUCCACCAGCUCCACACUCAUCCAAGAUGUUGACCCCAUGGAGUCAUACCUGAUCAGUGUGGUCCCCGUCUACAAGCAACAGUGCGGUCCUCCUCAGUCAGUGUCCGCCAGCCUGCGCCUCGGAGCUCUGAUGGAACCAACCAAGCUGAAGGUGACGGGUGUGAACCAGACGGCAGUGACGGUGAUGUGGGCGUGGCAGAGGAGGUCUGGACCAGUCAGAGUGGACGGAUACCGAGUGACGCUGAGGAGUGACUCCUACGAACAAACUCAGCCUUUGUGGCCGGACCAGAGGCAGCACACCUUCAUCAACCUCACAGCCGACACCGAGUACUGUCUUGUCCUAUGGGCCGAUAACUCUUCCACCCACAUGAUCUCGGUCCGGACUGAAUUUGACCAGUUCCCCGUUGUUGCUACGGCGAUGCCUCUGCUGCUGUUGGCUGCUACUGUGUUCAUUGUCUCCAUCCUGUCCAGGACUAUGUACAAGGGCUUCUUCUAUCCACGUGUCUCCAGUCCCCAGGACAGCACAGCAGGACAGUGGCUGAUGGACAGCAAGCACCAGGCACCUGUCACUUAUUCUUUCAAACAGAAUUCUACCAAACAAAACAUCCUGGACAUCCAGGACUUCCAGGACGUGGAUCUGCUUGAAGUGAAAAGCACCAUCGUGGUUGAGCCAUGUUGUCCCGACCCACUAGACCGUCUGGUCAUCAAACUGUCAGACCUGAGACUGGAUGCAGAACACGAUGGUCCUGCACCAAGCACACCGCAGCAGUUCCAGUGUGGUCCUUCCGAUGACGAGGGCGGAACGGCCCAUCACACAGAGCAAGGCAGCCAAGAGCAGGCACAUGAUGCCGUCAAACGCUGUUUUGGUGGAGUGGCGGACGCUCAGAUCACGUGUGAGGGAGAGUAUGUGGUCAACGCCUCCUAUCAGGAACGAACUGUGGUCUCUGUGACCUGUGACACUGAUUAUCUGCCAAACGUAGCAGCUCUGACGUAGACGCAGCCAAAUACUGUAUAAACCCUCUAGUCCAUUCCGUUCAUCAGCUGUUUCGAGGGGGUGGUAACCGGUCCUUAGCUCAGUAGCUCAGCUUGGAACCAGUCACAGUCUGUAGGCCUCGCAUUGGAUCAGCAAAGGUUCUGGUUCACUGAUCAUUACACUAAAGACAUUGACAGAUGGAAAUGACACUACAACAUCUACAUCAUGAUGCUGGUUCCUCUGACCCGCUGAGGACCAGAACCUGAAGCUGUGCUGUGGUGUCUGGUACCAGUUGGCCCAGAACUUCCCUCAGAUGCUGAACUGGACUGAGAUCUGGGGAAUAUAACACCUUAAACUGUUCCUGAACCUGAUUUGUUUAUAGCUCAAGACAGAUGUUGGCGGUUGACCCAGAUGUUAU